AUGAAAUUCCCUCUGCUUCUGGUUCUUCUAGUCGGGGGAGCAUCUGCUUUUCAUCUGAGGUCUGACACUUCCGACUUCAAAAGCCCAUUGAGAGAUGAGAACUUGCCUAGGGAUGUGGGGAUAUCAAGACCGGAAGUAGAAGAGUGUCCUCCUGGGGAGGGGCUAAUACCGCCGGAGGAAGAGGAAGGUUCUGAAAGUGAAGACACUCCUGGGGACGAGGGAGCUGUCUCAGGCCAGGAUGUGUCCGAUGAGGACCUUCAGUGUCCUAAGGAAGAGGACACAGUGAGACUGAUGGGCGACUCCGGAUGUAAGACCUGUCAGUACCUCCUGGUGAGGAGUCCUCAACCGUUUGACAACGCUCAAUCGGUUUGCCGGCGCUGCUACCACGGCAGCCUUGCCUCCAUCCACAGCUUCAGAGUUAACUAUUAUAUCCAGUGCUCUGUCAGGAGACUCAACCAGGGUCAAGUCUGGAUUGGAGGCAGGAUCACAGGCUGGGGUCACUGCAAGCGCUUUUCAUGGGUUGAUGGAAGCUCUUGGGACUUUGCAUUUUGGGCUGCUGGCCAGCCUGGCUGUGGUGGUGGCAGAUGCGUGACCAUGUGUACUCAAGGAGGCCAGUGGCAUACAUCUGCCUGUGCCGAGAGACGUCCCUUCAUCUGUUCAUAUUGAGCUGGUUCCAGCCAGGAGUUCUAAUUCAUCCUCUCCUGGGUACUGCUUCUCCUUUCCUGCCAGAUGUCCCCU